AGAAAUCCUCUAUAUGAAGCAACAAACUGUGAUGAUGUUGACGGCUCAGGAUGAGGCUCUUGAAGAAUAUUGUAAUAGCUGUUAAUACUACUCUGUGUUGCCAUAACCAUCAUUAUAAACAAUGGUUAAGUGACUAAACUGCCUCAAAAUCAGACUCCCAAAUAUAUCAUGAUGUUUACUCGACUGGGAUUGUGGCCGACCCUAAGAUGCUACAGCUCUUCAUGCAGGAGCGGUAGAAUAUCAGCUAUAUUAAGAGACAAGCCACUUCAUCAAACAAUAAAAGUUAAUGGUUGGGUGAAGGCCAUCAGACGACAGAAGGAGAGAACAUUUCUAGAUGUUGAUGAUGGAUCCUGCUGCCAGAAACUCCAGGUUGUGUUACCAUCAGAGAAGAAGCCUCCCGCCCUGGGGUUCCACUCAUCUGUCACAGUCUCGGGGAUCCUGAGUCUGUCCUCACACAAGGGUCAGGAGGUAGAGCUGGUGGCCAACGACGUACAGGUAAUAGGUGAACCAAUCGAGGAAACAUAUCCCUUUAAAGCUCGCAAGGUUCACCCGCCAGACUACGUUCGUCAGUUUCCUCACCUCCGAGCUCGUACGAAUUCCUUCAGCUCGCUUCUAAGAGUCAGAUCCCAGACCAAGCUGGCCAUCCAGCAGUAUUUUAACAGCGAAGGUUUUGUCAACAUCGACACACCGAUAAUAACGGUCAAUGACUGCGAGGGAGGCGGGGAGGUCUUUUCAGUUCAGUGUUUGGAUCCCGACAACACUGGGCCAGGAAAGACACAAGACUCGCCGUACUUUGGUCAGGAGACGUACCUCAGUGUAUCAGGACAGUUACACUUGGAAGCCAUGGUCAGUGGGCUGUCUAAGGUAUACAACUUUAACCCAGCAUUCCGUGCAGAAAACUCUCAGACCCGGAGGCAUCUGGCAGAGUUCUGGAUGGUGGAAGCUGAAGAAGCAUUUCUUAGUGGUACAGAAGGUCUUCACUCAUUGAUGGAUAGAAUUGAGGGAGUUAUAAAAACAUCUAUGGAGACAGUAAUUGAUGUACAACAGGAGGAUGUUGCCUUAUACUGGAGAAAUAAUAAUAAAACUGAGGAACUGAUAAAGAAUGCUCUGAAUCAACAAUUUGUGCGCUUGCCAUACUGCGAAGCCAUGAAACUACUCCAGCAACACUCUCACCUCUUUCAAACAAAACCUUCACCUGGGAGUAACUUGGGAAAAGAACACGAACUGUUUUUAACUAAACAUUUAGGAGAUGUACCUGUGUUUGUGUCAGACUGGCCUCGGGUCACUAAAGCUUUCUACAUGUGCUCACAAGAAGAGGAUCCUGAGAUGGUUCUGGCUGUUGACCUGUUGCUGCCACAAGUAGGAGAAGUGGCAGGAGGAGGGCUGAGGGAGUAUCGUGUUCCUCUCCUCCAUCGUCGACUGCAACAAUGUCAACUCUUGGACAAACUGGGCUGGUACCUGGACCUACGGAGGCUCGGUGGGGGAACUCCAUCAGGGGGUUUUGGCUUCGGAUUAGAGAGAUUUUUACAGUUUUUGCUUGGCAUCAGCAACAUCAAAGACACCAUACCAUUUCCACGAUGGAUGAAUCAUUGUCUUUGUUGAGAAAUUACAAAACUAAUUAAUUGUGAUGUAUACUGUAUAUGCAAAUUAAAAUUGAUUUUUUCA